CGUGUCACGUGGGGGCGGCGGGGGCGGCGGGAGCGGCGGAGCGCAGCGGCCAUGAAGCACUACGAGGUGGAGAUCCUGGACGCCCGCACGCGGGACAAGCUCUGCUUCCUCGACAAGGUGGAGCCUCAGGCCACCGUGGCCGACAUCAAGAACCUGUUCAGCAAAGCCCAUCCCCAGUGGUACCCGGCGAGGCAGUCGCUGCGCCUGGACCCCAAGGGUCGCUCGCUGAAGGACGAGGAUGUGCUGCAGUCGCUGCCCGUGGGCACCACGGCCACGCUCUACUUCCGGGACCUGGGGGCGCAGAUCAGCUGGGUCACGGUGUUCCUGACGGAGUACGCGGGUCCCCUGCUCAUUUACCUGCUCUUCUAUUUCCGGGUCCCGUUCCUGUACGGGCCCCGCUACGACUUCACCGCCAGCCGGCACCGCGUGGUCCACCUGGCGUGCUGCUGCCACUCGUUCCACUACGUGAAGCGGCUGCUGGAGACGCUCUUCGUGCACCGCUUCUCGCACGGCACCAUGCCCCUGCGCAACAUCUUCAAGAACUGCACCUACUACUGGGGCUUUGCUGCCUGGAUGGCGUAUUACAUCAACCACCCGCUGUACACACCCCCGGCCUACGGUGACGAGCAGGUGAAGCUGGCACUGGCCGUGUUCCUGUUCUGCCAGCUCGGGAACUUCUCCAUCCACGUGGCCCUGCGGAACCUGCGCCCCGCAGGCUCCAAGACGCGGAAGAUCCCGUACCCCACCCGCAACCCCUUCACGUGGCUGUUCCUGCUCGUGUCCUGCCCCAACUACACCUACGAGGUCGGGUCCUGGAUCGGUUUCACCAUCAUGACCCAGUGUCUGCCCGUGGCCCUGUUCUCGCUGGUGGGCUUCGUGCAGAUGGCGAUCUGGGCGCAGGGCAAGCACCGCAGCUACCUCCGGGAAUUCCGGGAUUACCCUCCCCUGCGCUCGCCCAUCAUCCCCUUCCUGCUGUGACAACGGGGACAACGCCUGUCCCUGCUGUCACACCCUGGUCACCUGCUGUCCCCUCCCUGCUGUCACACCUGGGACACCGGGGACACCCCCC